CCCCAAAAAAUCCCCCCCCCCCCCCCCAACGGCCAUGUCUCCGCUGCCUCGCGUCCUCCCCAUCCUGCUCCUCGCCGCCGCCGUCACCGCGGCCGCCGCCCAGGCGGGCGGCGCGUCGCUGAACGGGGCGGCGAACGACCUGCUCCCCAAGUACGGCCUGCCGAAGGGGCUCAUCCCGGACUCCGUCGCUUCCUACUCCUUCCACGAGGCCACGGGCGCCUUCGAGAUCCACCUCGCCAGCACCUGCUACGUCCACUUCGGCUCCCACCUCGUCUACUACGAGAGGACCAUCACGGGGAAGCUCUCCAAGGGCGCAAUCUCCGACCUCACGGGCGUCCAGGCGAAGAAGCUCUUCCUCUGGGUCUACGUCACGGGGAUGGUCGCGCACCCCGACAAGGGCACCAUCGAGUUCCAGGCCGGAUUCGUCUCCGAGUCGCUGUCCGCGUCCAUGUUCGAUGAGGUGCCCACCUGCGGGGCCAGCGUCGGCGCGCAGCUGCGCGGCGCGGCGGGGGUGAUCGGGGAGCUCGGCCUGCUCCCCGUUGCGCAGGCCUGAUCUCGAGUUGAGAAUCCGCUUUCAGCAAACUCCAGGACCUUCCAGUUCGCUGUCGCCUGAGCCCCAGAGUGCAGGAGCCAGGAGGUUCAGCUGUGGUUUGUUCCGCCUGUACCUGUACCUGGUUGCUGCUCCCAUCUCCAACGGACAUAGAUCCUCUGUAGAAAUGUAUAUUCAUAUGCUGUCACUGAACAUGUGUAGGAUGUAGGUUUAAGUCCUUAAUCUCCCGUACUCUCGGAUUUCAUGUCAUCAUGUGUGGAACCAUGAGCUGCCCCAGAAAUGAAGCGGCACGUGCGUGCCUAGAUGAUGCGGCUUUUCAAUUGAUGCGUGGUUCUGCUAAGUUUGUCGUC